GCUUAUCGGACGCGCAGCACUUCCUCCUACGCUUUCGCCUUUCUCUGCUCCCCCGGGCCUCCCCAUCAUGGACGGUCGUCCAUCCAAGAGACAACGCCGAUCCGCCCAUUCAGAGGAAGAUUCACAAAGGAAACUAAAAUCCCGUUCUCCUUCCCUUGACCCGUCAACUUCCAGCUCCGUCGCGUUAUCGUCACGCCCCCAAUCCAAGAAUCUUCGAACGCGCGCCAGUCAAUCCAAACCCACUCGAGCUCCAUCCUUAUCAGUCUCGCCAAAGAAACCAAGUUCAUCCCCUCAGGCAACAAAAUCGAAAUCCCUUCAUACCUUCUUUCAACCUGCAACGGAAGCACAGCGAUGGUCCACUCAGAAAUUCGAGGCGAAGCGCCCACUCGCUGUCACCCCGGAGACGACCCUUGACGCCGAUAUAAUCGAAGACGACUAUGAUUCCUACGAUGAGAUAUUCACCCAACACUUGGCAGCGGGGAAACAGUCUGAUACGCACAUUGACUCGCCCGUUGCCGGUGGUCCCAGCAAAACAAAACGAGCUGCGCCGAAGAAGACGACAGCGUCACAGGCAAAGAGUCAUGCUUCUAAGCGAUUUUUGAUGCCACCGGCAUCGACGAAUGGGGCUCAGCGACAAUCGUCUACUCCAGUUACGUUGGAAGUUGAUCAACGACCGUGGGCGCAGCGAUACGGCCCGUCCAAUUUGGAUGAGAUAGCGGUUCAUAAAAGGAAGGUCUCAGAUGUGCAGAAAUGGUUGCAAGAUGCUUUUGCAGGGAGACGGAAAGAGAGAUUACUCGUCCUGCGAGGCCCAGCAGGCAGCGGCAAGACUACCACCAUCACACUUCUUUCUGAAGCCCUUGACUUUGAUUUGAUUGAAUGGCGAAAUCCAUCAGUCUCGGACUCCUCUGCGCAAGAGUAUAUCUCUGUGAGCGCUCAAUUUGAAGAAUUCCUCGGCCGUGGCGAUCGAUUCGGAGGUCUAGAUCUCGAAGACACGGUCAUGACUAAGGAGGGCCGUGAUGCACAUCCUAGAAGCCACCGUGUGCUCCUUAUUGAAGAGCUCCCGACGAUAUUCAACCGAAACUCUUCUAGUCUUGCUGCUUUUCGGGCCUCUUUGCAGCGUUAUCUCGCUGCAUCCACCGAGCAAUCCUUAGGUGGGUGGAUGCACCCGCCCAUUGUGAUGAUCGUCUCGGAAACGCUGCUUAGCUCUGCGUCAUCUAUUUCCGAUAACUUGACUGUGCAUCGGUUACUCGGGCCUACAUUGUAUAAUCACGUCGGCACGACGAUCAUCGAUUUCAAUAGUAUUGCCCCGACAUUCAUGCAGAAAGCCCUGCGACUGGUGCUUGCAAAAGAGGCCCAAACGUCUCGGCGGUCCCAGGUCCCUGGGUCGGCGAUUCUGGAUAAAAUUGCCGAUAUUGGAGACAUACGCAGUGCUCUCUCUGCUCUUGAAUUUCUCUGCCUGAAAGGCGAUCAAGCAGGGGUAUGGAGUGGAAGUCUCUCUAAAACCAAAAAGUCUCGGGGAGGCUCUACCCUGACAGCGAUGGAGCAAGAGUCUCUUGAGAUGAUCUCGCAGCGGGAAGCAAGCCUAGGAAUGUUCCAUGCCGUGGGUAAAAUUGUCUAUAACAAACGCUUAGAUCCUAGUCUAAUGCCUAGUGAUGUCCCAAUCCCCCUUCCACCACCGAACCAUCUCUCUCACCAGCAUCGAGUCAAGGUCUCACAGGUCGCAGUCAACGAGCUACUUGAUGAGACAGGCACCGACGUCUCUACCUUUAUCUGUGCGCUGCAUGAAAACUAUCCACAGUCCUGCGACGGUGACUCUUUCACAGAUAGUUUCAAUAGGUGUAUUGAAGCGCUAUCCGAUUGCGAUAUCCUCAGCGCCGAUCGAAGGCCCUCUCAUGGUGCAAGGACGGGCGUUGGAAUUGGUGCCACUCCUUUCAAUUCUGGUGUCGAUAUGCUCCGACAGGACGAGAUCAGCUUUCAGGUUGCGGCUCGAGGGCUUUUGUUUGCUCUCCCGUACCCUGUUAACAGGAGAAAGGCGUCUAUGAACGGACGAAAACACGCGAGGGAUCCUUAUCGGAUGCUUUACCCGGCUUCACUGCGACUAUGGAGGAGGACAGAGGAGAUUGAGGGUCUUGUCGACUCGUGUAUGAAGCAAAUGCUGGACCCUAGCGGUGAUUCAAGCAUCCUUGCCCGCAGUUCGGGCGCUGCUGAGGAGUCGGGUGGUGUCAAAUCGUGGAAAAACCUUCGACAUGGAUACUCGGCAAUGAAUAAAAAUGACAGUUCCCUGCAGUCAGCUGUGACUAUGAUGUCGCGGCCAGAUGCGCUACUCCACCACCUGCCUUAUAUGGCUCAGAUCCGCCGCAAGGAGCGCGACGGGUGGCAUCUCAACCAAAUUACUAGCAUCCAAGACGGACGCAUGGACGAGGAAAUGGAUGACGAUGACGAUGAACUUGCACCUACAUCAUCCCGGUCUCGAGACAGAGCCACCAUUAACGCAGCUGCGUCUCCGGUACCUGCGUUGGACGAAGAAAAGCUGAUUCUCAGUGACGAUGAUAUUGUGGACGACUGAGCCUGUCGGAUGUCAACUGUAUAUGAGUACAAAUCUUGAGAUGAAGUAUGAACACCGUUCUUAAUCUGUAUUCAUGAAGACGACCGUUAUUUAGCCGUAAAUUUAUUUCUUG